AUGAUGAUGGACAAUCCAAAACAUCAUCAUCAACAAGUUGUUCAAUUAAAUAAUGCAAAUCCACAAAAUGCUAACAAUAAGUCAGCAGGAGAAAUUGAAAAUUUUCUUACUAUUCGUUUGCUUAUGCAAGGAAAAGAAGUUGGUAGUAUCAUUGGAAAACGUGGUGAUAAUAUAAAAGCAAUUCGAGAAGAAAGUGGUGCUCGUAUUAAUAUUAGUGAUGGUACAACACCAGAACGUAUUGUUACUAUGGUUGGAACUAUAGAAACAUUAUCAAAAGCAUUUGAUAUGAUAUGUCAAAAAUUUGAAGAUGAUUUAAAACAAACAUGUACAACAAUUCCUCCAAUUACAUUACGACUUGUUGUACCUGCAAGUCAAUGUGGUUCAAUUAUUGGUAAAGGUGGUGCAAAAAUAAAAGAGAUUCGUGAGACAACAGGUGCAUCUGUGCAAGUUGCAUCAGAAAUGUUACCAACAUCAACUGAACGUGCUGUUACAAUCUCAGGUAGACUUGAAUCAAUUGAAUCUUGUUUUCGACAAAUAUGUCAAAUUAUGCUUGAACAGUCGCCACCCAAAGGUGAAACAGUCCCAUAUAGACCUAAAAUGAUGAUAUCACCUGUUCAUGCACCAAUUAUUUUCGCUAAUGGACAAGCUUAUCAAGUACAAGGUCAAUUUGCUAUUCCUUUACCACCAAAUGAAUUAAAUGCAUUUGCACCAAUGGCUCCACUUGGACCUGGUUUACCACUACAAGCUGCACCUUUAAUGCCAAAUGGUCUUCCAGCAAAUCGUGCAACAUUACAAUCACAACGUGAAAUAACGAUUGCUAAUGAUCUUAUUGGUUGUAUUAUUGGUCGUGGUGGACAAAAAAUAUCAGAGAUUAGACAAGCAUCUGGAGCUAAUAUUAAAAUAGCUGAUCUCGAUGAAGGUUCACAAGAUCGACAUGUAACAAUAUCUGGUACACCUGAACAAAUACAAUUAGCAGAAUUUUUAAUUCAUUCAAGAAUUGCUUCCGAAAUUGGUGGAAUUUUAAUAACUCAUUGA